AAACGUCAAUCAUAUUCAAUAUAUUGUCAAAAGAAACUUCUAUUUGUGUCCCUAAUUUUAUUAAAUUUAGAAAACUUUCGCUUUUAUUAAUUGUUAAUAAGAAUGGAGAAGUUUAAACCAAUGUCGUGGUACAUUGGUACUGAGUGGAAAUUGUCAUCUAAAGGUUUACGAAAGCAAGUACUUUCUUUGGAUAACUACAAUCAGUUAGUCAAGCCUCAUUUGUUUUCCAAAGUUGCAAUAAAAAUUGAAGAUGUUGAAAACUUAAAUGGACGUGAGAGUCGAUACUUAUCUAACGAAUUGCUAGGACAAGAACAAAAAGUAGAAAUGGGCAGCUCACUAACGCCUGUUGAUUGCUAUGUGGAACUACUGGUAAGGCAACUAGUGGCAGGUGAACGGGCACGCUGCUACAUCAGCACGAAAGGAGAGGACAUCACUUUUAUAUUAACUUUAUUAAAAAUACAUGAAACAAAAGAGAUACAUAAACUAAAUGUUGCAGAAAUAUACGCGUUAGCAUUGCGAUAUAAGGAGAACGGUGUUGCUAUGUUUAAACAGUACCCUAUCUUUGCACAUGACUAUUUUGCUCGCGCUGCCAAAGUUUUGAUUUCUUACAAACCAUUUGAAAAUUUGUCAGCCAGUAGUGAUAGUGUUUCCGGCGAAGCUAUGAAAUUGUUAUUUACACAAAUUCAAACCAACUUGGCUGCUUGUUUGCUGAGUGAGGAACGCUUUGAGGAUGUGAUAUAUCAAACCAAAUUUGUGGAGGAAGAAGCUAAUUCAACAGAAAAAAGUGUUUACAGACGAGCGAUGGCAUUUUAUCAACUCAAAGAAUAUGAAAAGGCUCAGAAACUAAUUGAGUCGAUACCCAACUAUCAAGAAAAAAAGGAAUUCUUUAAAUUACAUCAACGCCUUGCGGAAAGUUGGAAGUCUAGUAACGAACAAUAUAAAAAUCUAGUGAAACGUAUGUUCAAUUAGAUUAAAAAGUAUCAUGUAACUAGCAUAAUUUUUGUAAUCUAGAAGUUAUAAAUACAUAUAUUUACGAGUAAAGAAUUUUGAUUCUUAAAACAUA